AGCAUGUGGUGCAUGAUUGCGAGUUGCAGCCCCUGUUUUAACCAUGACCCAACGGGAUCGUGUUUGACUAUAAAACCGCCUAGCAACCCAAGGUUUCCAUUGACUCGCGACCCUGCAUGAAUGAAAGCCCAAGUUUGAAUUGGAGAUCUUCAACGUGGUGGACAUUUCGCCUUCGGUUUUCUGUAACCGAUUCUGAAUUUUUAAAGCAUCGCCUUCAAUAAGGAUUAUCUUACAAUUUGCUUGCUGAAACUUCAUUAGACUCAUCAGUAAAAGAGAAAGCAACAAUUUGGACAAUGGUUUCUUGUGUAGCUCUAAGCCACGCUACAUUGUUGUGCCUGGCUCUCUUGACACUGCGGGCCACGUCCCAACUCACAGAUGUUGACCCACAUGGCCUUAAAACCCAGGCCAAGAGGAAGACCCACAGCACGCCAUUCGUCCAGGCCACGCCUGCCUCUGACGUCACAUCCGCCACUCCACGUGACGACACGGUGUCGAAAGAGGAAGAAAAAAUGUUGGCAGAUUCUCAUAUGGACAGCCCAAAACGCCUCAACAGACCGCCAUGGUUGGUGAAAAACCCAACCCCCACCCAACCCCAGAACCUAAACGACAAGCCUAAAUCCGGGUUUGUUCUUGACGUCAUACCAGUUGUAAACACGUUCUCAAACGAAAGCCAGGCGACACCUGAACAAGCUGUUACCAUGGAUACCGUGACGGGAAUCCACCAAACGUCCAACACCAACGACAUGAUGACGAGUACAGAGAUGGGGAAUAAACAAGGCGCCAUCUUGAAUCAAGAGAACACCCCCUUCAUUGUCAAAACUGAAAAUCACCACACAAUCGAGUCAAUGAACACGUCAAUCAAAGAAAACUCCACCCUAAUCACAGAAGAACCAGCUCUAAGCGGCGAAUCCGAUAUUUGGGACAAAAAACCGACACUGCCUUAUGAGUCGGACAACGGCCUUGAAGAACCGGAAGGUGAAGAGGACUGCCCGAACUGUGCCCCAGCCAAGAUGACGGAAGACGAGGUCAAAGAGCUGCGGCUGAACAUGUUCGCUGAGACCUUGAUGCAGAAGUUGAGGUGGGAGUCGAUGAGCACGUCUGACGAGGUGGGGGCGGCAGACGAGACGCUGCUGAAGCUUCCGGAAGUGGUGGCCGAGCAGACGUACAAGGACAACACAUGGCAGGAGGAGAAGGACGAGUUCUACGCCCGGGACCAGGAGAUCAUCCUCACAGGCGAAGAUCUGGCGCCAAACUGCAUCAUAGCCAAACUAUCCAAUCAAACCACUGGCUGUUACAAAUUCAAUUUGAAGCGAAAGGUCAAGGCCGGCAUCGCGUCUGCCCAGCUGUGGUUCUUCAAAACACGUGACAUAAGAGACAACGGCUUGCACCAUUUUCUCAUCUAUGAGUUGGAGCAAACCAAAAGUGGUCGACUGUUGACGACAAGCCAGAUCGCACGUAACGACACCUUCGUCAAGGAGAGCUGGGUUCGAAUCGACAUCAGCAAGGCCGUACAGAGGUGGGUGCACAAGCGGGUCGACUCCAGCAUCCUGGCCAUCAGGUGCAAGACUUGCUCCAGCCAAACAUACAAGGCCCUCUAUGGCGCUAAGCACGGCUACAAGCCAAUAAUCGUCAUCAAAUACUCAAACUCUGGCAAAUCAAUUCGUGAGAAGAGAUCAGCUUCAUGUGAUCCUCGCACCGAGUGCUGUAAGCGACCCCUAGUGGCCAAUUUCAACGCCAUCAACAUCCACAAUAUACUCCAGCCAAGAAAUAUGUCUGUUGGAUUUUGUUAUGGAUAUUGCGAUGGGGUGGAUCAGUUCACGUACAACCACACGACCAUCAAGCAGCGGAUCCGCUGGGUGCACACGACCGACGCGAGCCUGAGGGAGCAGCUCAAGCCCUGCUGCGUGCCACUGGUCCUGAAGGACUCCUUCAUCCUGGCCACAGAGAACGGAUACAUCGUCCGGAAGAUUCUACCCAAAGUCAUUGUUGAAAAAUGUGGCUGUAUGUAGUCCUAUAUGUCCACGUGUAAGGACUUGACGAAAUAAAAAGUUGUUGAAAAAAAAAAACGACUAACUACUUUAAAAAAAUAUUUAACAAAAAUCUACUGACUGAAAAGUGGGAUUUCAAAAACCGAGUUAGUUACUUUUAUUUAGACAUAAUUAGCUAAAACUUUGAAGUUUACAAAUAUAUCGGAUUGUUUAAAUAUUGCAAAAAUAUUUAGAUAUGACAUUUUUUUUAAAAAAGUUGAUUUAAAUAUUUUUGCUCGGAUACUAGUCAAUUAUUUAUUAAAAACCACUUAACAAAAUAUUGCAUCCCCAAAACUUGAAUAGUUAAAAAAGAAAAAAAUCUUAGAAAUAAUUUAUUUUCAUGUUUUUUAUGCACCUAUUACCUAGUAAAAAAUGUGAAAGAUAAAAUGUAAUGCACAUUUUAGUGUGUGUUGUGUGUUCUGCUUUCAGUUAAUUUAUUGCUUGUGUUGCCUGUGCUUGAUUAUUAUUAUAAUUUUAAUAAAAUGUUAUUUGAAUAUUCAUAAUUAAUAUUGUAUUUUUAUUUUAAUAACAUUGUUUUUUUUAAAAAUAUAUUUAAAGACGUUAUCUCCUUAGGAUUGUAAGAAUAUAAUAAACCCACAGGAGUCGUGUUAAUUGUUAAUUGCACCUUAAAAAAUUAAGACAAAUCAUCCAAGCAACCGAUAAAUAUGGAAAAAAAAGUUAUUUUGACAUUGUUUUCCAAGUUAUGCAUUUAAAAAUUAUAAACCGUGAUCCGCCUGUGGUACAUAACGAGUGUUUUUUUAAAUUUGAUAACCUAGCUAUCGAAUUCACUUUGGCUGCGAAAAAUAAUUUACUUAAACAGAAACAAUGUUUGUUAAAAUUAUAUUAUUUAUAAUUAAUUAUAUGUGACUUCUAUCUAUUAAUAAGCAUUACUUGAAUAAACAUAUAUUUUGUCGUUAUAACUUUAUAGCUUGUCUAAAGCAUAUGUCUCGCUGAAAACGAGCGUGUUAAAGUGCCAAAUUUUUUAAAUUCUUA